UGUGGCAAAGAGUGACACUGAGAAUAGAUUGUGCUGAGAGAUAAGGAGAUUUCUUGUAGAGAGGAAAAAAUUUGAAGUAAAGAAAAAGAAAAUGGCCUCAGCAUCUCUACUAAAGUCAUCCCCAGUUCUUGACAAAUCUGAGUUUUUAAAGGGGCAAAGCCUUCGUCAGCCUUCUGUCUCAGUGGUCCGUUGUCAUCCCACCAAUGCUACUUCUCUUACUGUCCGCGCAGCUUCCUCUUAUGCUGAUGAGCUCAUUAAAACCGCUAAAACUGUUGCAUCACCAGGCCGUGGAAUUUUAGCCAUGGAUGAGUCGAAUGCCACUUGUGGAAAGCGUUUGGCUUCCAUUGGUUUGGAAAACACUGAGGCUAACCGCCAAGCGUACCGUACCUUGCUGGUGUCAGCUCCAGGCCUUGGACAGUACAUCUCUGGUGCUAUUCUUUUUGAGGAGACCCUCUACCAGUCUACCGUGGAUGGACGCAAAAUAGUUGAUGUUCUUAUUGAGCAAAACAUUGUUCCUGGUAUCAAAGUUGACAAGGGUUUGGUUCCCCUUGCUGGUUCAAAUGAUGAGUCAUGGUGUCAAGGUCUUGAUGGACUUGCCUCGCGCUCUGCUGCAUACUACCAACAGGGAGCACGUUUCGCCAAAUGGCGUACCGUGGUGAGCAUUCCCAACGGACCAUCUGCAUUGGCUGUCAAGGAAGCAGCAUGGGGCUUGGCUCGCUACGCUGCCAUUUCUCAGGACAAUGGUUUGGUCCCAAUUGUGGAGCCAGAGAUCUUGUUGGACGGUGAACACGGCAUUGACAGGACUUUUGAGGUAGCACAGAAGGUCUGGGCUGAAGUCUUCUUCUACUUGGCUGAGAACAAUGUCAUGUUUGAGGGUAUCCUCUUGAAACCAAGCAUGGUUACUCCUGGUGCUGAAUGCAAAGACAGGGCCACUCCUCAGCAGGUCGCAGACUAUACUCUCAGUCUCCUCAAGAGGAGGAUUCCCCCAGCUGUCCCUGGAAUCAUGUUCUUGUCUGGUGGGCAAUCAGAAGUUGAGGCUACAUUGAAUUUGAAUGCCAUGAACCAAGCUCCAAACCCGUGGCACGUGUCGUUCUCUUACGCAAGGGCUCUUCAGAACACUUGCUUGAAGACAUGGGGAGGACAACCUGAGAAUGUGAAGGCUGCUCAGGAUACUUUACUUGUCAGGGCCAAAGCGAACUCUCUUGCUCAGCUCGGAAAGUACACCGGUGAGGGUGAAUCCGAUGAAGCUAAACAAGGAAUGUUUGUAAAGGGCUAUGUCUACUAAGUUAUUAGGCACUGAAGUCUUGAAGAAUAGGGGCAAAAAAAACAAAGAUUAUGAGCUGAAUGGUUCAUAGUGAAGCAGAGAAAUGAUGAAUUAUCUCAUACUACUAAGUUAUGCAAUUAGUAAAGCCAUAGAGAAGAGUAUUUUUGUUCAUUUGAUUACCUGCACUUUUUUUUUUAACAACUUUAAUAAACUUUCUUGCUGAUUGAGACUAGUUAGUGUUGCUUUAUGAAAUUAUAAACCAGCUCUUUGUUUUAUUAUGCAUACUGAAUAAUGAAAAUUACUUAUUGUGAGC